AUGGACUACACUGGAGAACAAGGAUUAGGAUGGAUAACAGUCACGCCAAAUAUCUCAUUCAACUACCCUUCACUCCCUAAUUCUGGAGACACAUUCCUUAACCAAUCUGGAUAUUACAUCGACAACUACCCCUCACUCCCUAAUUCUGGAGACACAUUCCUUAACCAGUCUGGAUAUUACAUCGACAACUACCCCUCACUUCCUAAUUCUGGAGACACAUUCCUUAACCUAUCUGGAUAUUACAUCGACAACUACCCCUCCCUCCCUAAUUCUGGAGACACAUUCCUUAACCUAUCUGGAUAUUACAUCGACAACUACCCCUCACUCCCUAAUUCUGGAGACACAUUCCUUAACCAGUCUGGAUAUUACAUCGACAACUACCCCUCACUUCCUAAUUCUGGAGACACAUUCCUUAACCUAUCUGGAUAUUACAUCGACAACUACCCCUCACUCCCUAAUUCUGGAGACACAUUCCUUAACCUAUCUGGAUAUUUCAUUGACAACUACCCCUCACUUCCUAAUUCUGGAGACACAUUCCUUAACCAAUCUGGAUAUUACAUCGACAACUACCCCUCACUCCCUAAUUCUGGAGACACAUUCCUUAACCAAUCUGGAUAUUACAUCGACAACUACCCCUCACUUCCUAGUUCUGGAGACACAUUCCUUUACCAAUCUGGAUAUUACAUCGACAACUACCCCUCACUCCCUAAUUCUGGAGACACAUUCCUUUACCAAUCUGGAUAUUUCAUUGACAACUACCCCUCACUCCCUAAUUCUGGAGACACAUUCCUUUACCAAUCUGGAUAUUACAUCGACAACUACCCCUCACUUCCUAAUUCUGGAGACACAUUCCUUUACCAAUCUGGAUAUUUCAUUGACAACUACCCCUCACUCCCUAAUUCUGGAGACACAUUCCUUAACCUAUCUGGAUAUUUCAUUGACAACUACCCCUCACUUCCUAAUUCUGGAGACACAUUCCUUAACCAAUCUGGAUAUUUCAUCGACAACUACCCCUCACUCCCUAAUUCUGGAGACACAUUCCUUUACCAAUCUGGAUAUUACAUCGACAACUACCCCUCACUUCCUAAUUCUGGAGACACAUUCCUUAACCAAUCUGGAUAUUUCAUUGACAACUACCCCUCACUCCCUAAUUCUGGAGACAUAUUCCUUAACCUAUCUGGAUAUUUCAUUGACAACUACCUCUCACUCCCUAAUUCUGGAGACACAUUCCUUAACCAAUCUGCAGCUGGAUAUUUCAUUGACAACUACCCCUCACUUCCUAAUUCUGGAGACACAUUCCUUAACCUAUCUGGAUAUUUCAUUGACAACUACCCCUCACUCCCUAAUUCUGGAGACACAUUCCUUAACCAAUCUGGAUAUUUCAUUGACAACUACCCCUCACUCCCUAAUUCUGGAGACACAUUCCUUAACCAAUCUGGAUAUUUCAUUGACAACUACCCCUCACUCCCUAAUUCUGGAGACACAUUCCUUAACCAAUCUGGAUAUUUCAUUGACAACUACCCCUCACUCCCUAAUUCUGGAGACACAUUCCUUAACCUAUCUGGAUAUUUCAUCGACAACUACCUCUAA